CUAGAAUCAAUGCCAACGAUGGAAAGACCUCAGUUCUGCUCCGUUUUCCUCAUUCUGAUACUAUUGGCUUUGGUGAGCCUUGACUUGACCAGCAGGGCAUGGACUGCCCCUGACUGCCUCAUAGCAGACAGUUUGCUAUUUCCUAACCUUUCCUACUAUAUCCAAUUCUGUACAUUGGCCCCAGGGCUGCACCUUUUGGCAUCUUGCUCAAAUGUUAAAGACAUGGCUCCGACACUGGAAAGAGUGCCCAGAGAUACAGAGGUGCUUUGCCUCCAGGGCAUGGUUUCUACUCUGCCAGCUAAUGCCUUUGAUCGCUUCCACUCCCUACAGCUUCUGAGGCUGCAGUUGGGUACAGUCAGUAUUACUUCUAGGACUUUCCAAGGACUGGACCAGCUACAGUACCUUUAUUUUGAACAUCAUUCUCCUUGUUGCCUGAGUCUGUUCCUCCCUGAAAAUUGUUUAGAGACUCUCAGAUCCCUCAAUAGUCUUUCCUUUCAGGGCUACUGCCUGAAUUAUAGCCAGAGCAUCUCCUUGCCAACUAGUCUUAGGCGUCUAACUCUAAGGAACAGUUGUCUGACAAAGUUGCAGGAACUGCAAAGGCUCUUCCCGAGUCUUUUGCUUGGUUCCUCUCCUACACCCAGUACCAAACUAAGGGCGCCCUUCCUAGAAGUGCUGGAUUUAUCUUACAACCGUCAGUUGAAGCAGGCAGGUGUCAGAGCCUUGUAUGGCCUCAAACUCCACUCCCUAAUAUUGGAUGGUACCACACUAAGAACAUUUGACCUCGCAGGCUCGGGACUGCUCCACUUGGACUUCCUCUCCCUUGUGGGUACAGGUAUAGAAAAAUUGCCUGGGAAUGUCACAGGCUACUCUGAACUUCGUGCACUUGACCUUGGGAAGAACCAAAUACAAAACAUCUUGGAGAAUGGAGAUAUCCCAAGUUACAAAUCUCUAGAAUUCCUUAGCCUUCACGAUAACUAUCUUCAGUCACUUCCCAUCAGGUUCCUACGUACUCUACCUCAACUUCAAAGGCUCAACCUGUCUAUGAAUAAGCUGGGCCCAACCUUGGAGCUUCCAGAAGGAGUGUUUAGUGCAAAUUUAAGAGUACUAGAUCUGUCCCACAAUCAGCUAUGUGAUGUACCCCAUGGGGCCUUACUUCCACAACUCCAGGAGCUCUGGCUGAGUGGCAAUAACAUCUCUAGUUUAUCCAAUGAGAGCCUACAAGGAUUGAGGUGGCUGAGGACUCUGGACUUGAGUUGGAACCAAAUUAAAGUACUCAAACCAGGCUGGCUCUCUCAUCUUCCUGCUCUGACCACCUUGAACCUUCUGGGUACCUACUUAGAGCAUAUCUCAGGCAUACAACUUCAGGGUCCACAGAUGCUGAGACAUCUAAAACUGGGAUCUGUUACAACACUGGACAUCUAUCCUCCCUGGUUUCCAAUGCUGCUCAGCUUAGAAAUACAAGCAGAUGCAUGUGUUCAGUUUAUGGCUCUCAGUGGAGAGCCAUUCUUAUUCUUGGAGAAUCUUACUUUACAGACUUCCAAUGUGUUGCGGCAACCAGAUACAACCACAAUCCAUUUUCCCUCCUUGCGUCGCCUCACCUUGCGUGGCUACAGCCUCCUGCUCUCAACCAGUCAACUUCAGAGAUUCUUCCCACAACAGCUUCCGCUCCUGGAGCACUUCUCUAUUUGGUGUGAAAAUGACAAUGCAGUAGACCUCCAUCUAUUUGGGAUGCCCAGGCUGCGUGUGCUAGAGCUAGGGUACCUAAAUUUUUUCUAUGAGUCGAGUACUGCGAAGCUAGAGAUGCUACUGAAGGAAGUGCCUCAGUUACAGGUGUUGGCAUUGAGCCACCUGAAUCUCAGAGACCUCUCUGUGACCAGCUUUGAAGGCCUGCGCCACCUCAAACUGCUGCUGCUUCACUCUGAGUUAGCCCUUGAGAUGGACAGCCACCUCCAAGAGUUGAUUCCUCAGAUGCCUCCAUAUGUUUAUUUCUCAGAUGUCACCUUUACCUGCCAGUGUGAAACUUCCUGGGUGGAGUCUUGGGCUACACGGGCCCCAAACACUUUCAUUUAUGGACUGGAGAAAUCCAUCUGCAUGGCCAAUGCUUCUGACUACUCCAACACUCUACUGUUCUCCUUCCUUGCUACUCAUUGCCCACGUGACACUGAGUUUGGGGGCUUUAUCAUCAGUUUCACCCUGGUGCUUCUGCUGAUCAACCUUCCUCUGAUUAGUUGUCACAAAUGGUCCUGGCUUCAUUACCUGCAGACACUGCUUCAUGCUUGUUGGUGGAAAUUGGGUGGACAUAGACGCAGACGCCAAUUCAACUAUGAUGUCUUUGUAUCCUAUUGUGAGAAGGACCAAGCUUGGGUGCUGGAAGAACUGGUUCCUGCUUUGGAGAAACCCCCUCCUGAAGGUGAGGGCUUGAGGUUGUGCCUGCCCACCAGGGACUUUGGGAUUGGAAAUGACAGGAUGGAAUCCAUGAUCGCCAGCAUGAGCAAAAGCAGAUCCACCCUCUGUGUGCUCACGAGGCAGGCCUUAGCAAGUCCCUGGUGCAAUCUAGAGUUAAGACUGGCCACUUACCACUUGGUGGCCAGGCCAGGGACAGCUCGCCUCCUGCUGCUGUUUCUGGAGCCCCUCGAUAGGCAGAAUCUCCAUAGCUAUCACCGCCUCUCCCGAUGGCUCCAAAAAGAGGACUAUUUUGAUUUGUCCCAAGGGAAAGUGGAGUGGGACACUUUCUGUGAGCAACUAAAGAGACAGCUCAGGAAAGCUGGACAGGAAAGAGAAGAUUAA